AUGAAGGAACGAAUCAUGAGAUUCAGGGACUUCGACACGGAGUGGACCGUCUUGGCCACGACCUCGGAGGACCCUUACAAGCGGGCGCGCUGGACUCGGGACCAGGACUUGGUGGUUAGACGGAUCCGAAAAUGGAGGGCCAGACAUUCAUGGUACGACGGCCGAGCAGAGAUGUUCGCCCUGUCGAGAGCAUAUGUCGAGAAUGACCCCGAGAGAGACAGCGCCUGGGAGACUGUCGCGAUCAAGCAAUUCAACUACGAAACCUGGGAGUGCGACUCGGAUGGCAGGCCUGGGGUUCCUGCCGAAGUAGCACUGCCAAAGGCUCUCGAUCGCCAGGGAUGCGGUAGCAUCGCCGAGGUUCGGACGGCCAGGUUCUUCGACGUCAGUCGUCCGAAGUGGAGAAUCUACCUCGAGUACUAUGGGCAUGGCACAUUGGGCGACCUCGUGCAAAGAUACCGGGAGAAGAGCGCUGAAGAGAGACGGAGUGUCCACAUACCAGAAGACUUCAUAUGGCAAGCAUUCAACGACUUUGCGGCGGCCUACUACCACAUGCACUCCUUCCGCCUCAAGUCGCUCGGAGCGAAGGGCCGUGAUGCAGAUGUAGCCAACGGGCAUUUUGUUCUGCAUUUGGAUCUGAAGGAUACGAAUGUUCUUCUCGGAGACGCACCCGGGGAUGAAAGGUUCAUGCCGUAUCCCAGGCUGAAAAUCGCCGACUGGGCGCUGGGCGAGUGCACGAGUCGUCGCGAUCCCAAGAAUAGCCGGAAAUGGAGGAACAAUGGGACCAUCUGUUGGAUGCCACCGGAACAAUACGAUUUCAAUCGCUUCGGGCAGAACUGGGAGCGCAAUGUCUUGGGCGGAACAAAUCGUGCGUACAGCGCCAAGCACAAUCUCUGGCAGAUGGCCGCUAACAUCUAUGGCAUGAUGGAGCUCGACUUGGACAAUAAGAAGCUGGAGCAGAAGCUCAGGGAAGCUGAUCGUGAUGAGAAUCACACCCGGAAGCAUGGGUAUUCUCUGUUGAGUGGAUAUCAGCAUCAACGCUACUCGUCCGAGCUGUGCGAACUAGUGGAAGAUUGCCUACGCAUUAGACCUGAAGAUAGGCCCGAUCCGAAAUCUCUGAUCCGCAGAGUCAAGAAGGGUCUGGAGCCGGGUCUAAAAAGGUAUGCGAGGACUGGGACGUGGGAGAGGUUGGAAGCUACAAAGGCCGAAUGGGGGACAUUCAAGCCUCGCAACUAA